AUGAUGCCGCGGUCUGCGGAGGAGGAGGCGCGAGGCUACCCCGUGGUGGGGGCCGUCCCGCUCGGCAGUGCGGUCUACUUGCCGUCGCCGUACCCUGCGGCUUCGUCGAGCUCGGGGACGAGUCGAGAACGCAUCUUGACGGACGGGACUGCGGUCGGCGGUCAAGUGUUUUCGACUGCGUCUGCGGCGGGUUUUUCUACGGAGACGGAUUACGAAUUGCAGCGCAAGAAGACGGACUUGCACUGGUUUUUCGUCUUCUCGGGUUUCGCGGCCUUUUGCCUCUGCUUCCUGCUGCUGGCGUUCUCCGAGGGCAGCCCCGCGCGGCUCACGCGGGGCUUGAACUACCAGGGCAAGACGUGCGGCGUGGAUGCCAGCGUCCGAGCCCUGCCGUACCUCUACGUGCCGCUGGACCCACGCGAGAGGUACGCCUCGCUGAUGCUCGACGAUGCGCGCUGCGUGGCUGAGUGCCCCAGGGAGCAAGACGUGGAGGCCGGGAAGACCGUCCCCGUGCCGAUUCGCGAGACUGAGACUGACCCCAGUCGCUCCUCCGCGAUCACUGUGCAGUUCGCGCUGCAGUCGCCGGCAUACGCGACGACGCUGAUGGCUGGCGCGUACUGCGUGCCGCUGGACACCAGUCUACGCACGCAGAUUGGAACGAUUCUGAACUCGCACUUCCGGCAGGUGCAAGUCGCCCUCGGAUCCUUCAGAUCCGCCUGGUGGUGCGUCGCCGGAUACACGAUCCUCGCUGCGCUCUUCGCAGCCGGAUUUUCCAUUCUUCUCCGCCUCUCGCCCGGAGUCGUCCUUGGCGUCGCCGCCGUCUGGGCCCUUUGCCUCUCCGCCGUCGCCGGCGGCUACCUCGUCGCCAACGGCCUCUCGGGCGUCCUCGACCCCGACAAAGGCAACUUCUACUCGCUCGACUACUCCUGGGCUCUCUUUGUUGGCGCGGUGCUGAUCGCGGCGGGCGCUUGCAUGGGUCUGAUCCUCUUUGCGGCGCGGCGCGCCGUGGGCAACGCCGUGCGACUCCUCGAGUGCGCGGGAGAGGCCAUCUUCGACAUGAUGCAGAUCUUCCUCGCUCCAAUCGUCUUUGGUGCCCUUUCGAGCUUGUGGAUGUGGUUCUGGAUCGAGAGCUACCUGUACAUCGUCUCCGCGGGCACCGUCGACAAGACUCCGAUCACGACGAGUCUGGAUUCGAACGGCGACGUAGACGUGUUGCCGCUGCACAGGCACGUGGUAUGGGACGCGCGUUUCAUCCUGUUUGGCAUUUUCUGGCACGGUCUGGUACUUCUCGCCCCCGAGGGCGCGGAGGAGCGCGACGUCGGCUGGUACCCGCCGCUGGUCGCCAUGGGCCUCGGCGCCACGUACCACUUGGGCAGCUUCGCGGUCGGCGGUCUCGUGCUGGGCUUGACGCGUCCCCUGCGCAUCCUCUUCGCCUGGGCCUCCAGCAAAAACCUCGCACUUUAUCGGCACUCACCAGUCGUGCAAAACCUCACCGAGUGCUUCCGGAGCGUCAUCCAGCCGAUUACCUUCGUCGUGGAUCGCUUCACGUCUUCGGGCUUCAUUGAGAUGUCCAUCUCUUCCAAGCCGUUCUUUCCCGCCAUGGACAAGUCGUGCUCGCGCAUCUUGAACUCUCGCUCUCCUGCGUCUUUCCUGCAUGGCGGCGCGAACAUCUGCUCCAUCAUCGGCACGUCGGCCGUCUCUCUGACCGUCAGCUUCAUGUGCUACCAGACUCUGACAGGCACUGAGAAGUACGCAUCGCUGACCUCGUCGACGUUCGUCGCUGCGCCUCUCUGCGUCUCGCUCUUUGUGGCCUUCAUCGCGGCCGUCGUUUCUUGUCAGUACAUGUAUGUCUGGGACACGGUGGCUGACACCUUCAUGUACUGUUUCCUCGUCGAGUCCGUACAACCGCCAGUUGUGGACGAGAACCCCGUCACCAAGGUGCAUGCACCAGCCUGCCUGCGCGAGCUCCUCCUCGACGCUCAGCAGGAGAUGUGA